ACGCAACGAUUCACGUCCAACAUGGCGGCGCAGCGGAGGAAUUUCAUGCAAAGCCCGCAUCAGAGCUGGACAGAUGACCUGCCUCUGUGUCAGAUGUGUGGGGUUGGCACAGCACCCAACUGUACGUACGGCUCUGAUGGGAAAGGAACUCAGAGCCACCCCAACGAGGACGGACACCUCAGGUUCAGAGGCGAGGAUGGCUGUUUCCUGUACGGGGUUUUUAAUGGUUAUGAUGGCAGCAGAGUCGCCAGUUUUGCUUCCCAGUGUCUGACGGCUGAACUGCUGCUGGGCCAGCUAAACUCCAGUCACACAGACAACGAUGUCCGCAGGAUCCUCACACAGGCCUUUGAUGUGGUGGAGAAGAGCUUCUUUGAAACUAUAGACGAUGCUCUGGCUGAGAAAGCUCACCUGUCCAACUAUCUCCUACCGCACAAUGAGAAUGUGUCAUUCCACCAGCUUUCUCCUCAGAGUCAGAAGGUGCAGGAGCGCCUGAAGGAGCUGGAGCAGGAGGUGUCGGGAGGCGCGAUGGCCGUGGUGGCGCUGAUCCUCAACAACAAGCUCUACAUCGCUAAUGUUGGUACCAACCGUGUCCUGCUGUGCAAGUCCAGCAGUGACGGCCAGAACCAGGUUCUUCAGAUUGGUCGACCGCACAGUACUGAUAAUGAGGAUGAGCUGCAGAGACUGGCUGCAUUGGGUGUGGAUUCGGCUCGUGCAAGGCAAGCGGGGCAAAUUGCAGGACAGAGCAGCACCAGGAGGCUCGGAGACUACCGGGCCAAAUUUAACUACAAUGAAAUCGACCUGCUCAGUGCGGCCAAGACAAGGCCAAUCAUUGCAGAGCCAGAGAUUCAUGGCAGCCUGUCUUUGGAUGGCGUGACGGGGUUCUUGUUGCUGAUGUCAGAAGGUCUAAUAAAUGCCCUUGAGUCUGCCCACGGCCCCGAACAGGCCAAUCAGGAAAUUGUUGCCAUGGUAGCAGCAGAGCUGGCCCAGCAGACCAGUCUGGAGGCAGUGUCUCAGUCGGUGGUGGAGCGGGUCAAGCGGCUCCACCAUGACGUCUACGUGUCUGGGCGUCAGAGGGCGGCCUACUGUUCCCGGCACGAAGACAUGACCCUGCUCAUCCGCACACUCAACUACCCACUGGCCGAUGCAGCGCUGACGCCCACACAGGGUGGUCGUAUUUACCCCGUGUCAGUGCCCUACUCCAACAGCCAGAGCACCAGUAAAACCAGUGUCACUCUUUCACUGGUCAUGCCCUCACAAAGUACCCUCACCAAUGGAACCAACACUGCGUCUACCCUGGAGGAAGGCACGCCCACGCCAGGCAGUCAGAGCCCCACAGCCACCCUCCAGUCCACCAACACCCAGACACAGAGCUCCAGCUCCAGCUCGGGAGAUGGAAGCCUGUUCCGUCAGAGAGGGAGCCAGGCGGCGCAGCCCGACGAGACGGGCAGGGUGCCGCCCUACGUGGACUUCACCCAGUUUUACCGUCUUUGGGGAGGCGACCACAGCGACAGCCAGAGCACCCAGGGAGGCCUGGGACCCCAGUGAGGAGGCUGCAGGGUGUCAUCUGGAAAGAGACAGACUGGAUUUUCUUGCAGCAAGGAGGCACAUGGAUUGUGAAGGGAAAACCCUUUUAAAAAGUGUUUGGGAUGACUGGUGAAAUGCUAUUAAUGUAUCAUAACUAGACCUAAAGGUGCAUGGGAAUACAGGAGGAAAGGACAGGGGUUCACACCAUCCUAGUAGACGGGGGAUGAAACAGUGAGCCAGGGGUAUUGAUGUUUGCCCCUCUGUGAUAUACAAAGGGUUGUGAGUGAAUAUAUGUAUCCAGAUUGUAGCAAUUACUGUCAGAUGUUAACGCAGGAAAACAGGAAAUCAUGGGAUUUGUGGAGCUGAGCAUAAUUCUAUACUGUAAGGCCUUAGAAUGGAAUGAAUGGAUGCAUUUAAAAGUACUUUUUUAUUUGUAAUGAAAAUAUAUCUCCAGAUUAAGUGA